AUGGCUGUCCCUGAUGAAACAUCUAGCCAAGAAGUUCGUACUUUUUUAUUUUCUCGAGCACUUAAUCUGAAAAGCCAAAAAAAAACUUUCCCAUUUUUUCAAAUGUGUAAAACUUUUAUCAUUAAUGGAAUGAAGUGAUAAUUAUUAAAAUUUAUUAAACAAACUUUUGCGAAUAGAAGCGCUCGGUAUUAAAGCCUCCACCAAGUAGAAAUUAGAAAAUUGAAAUAAGCAAACUACUCGGACACUCAACGCGAAACGGACUUGCUCCAGACUUUUCUGGGCAAAUCUCACUUAAGAAUGCUUACGCUACUUAAGAGGUCCCUAAAAAUGCCAAAAAACGUCCGGAGCACGUCCCGUUCGCGCUACCAAUGUCCAAGUGAAAAAUGAACUGCAAAAAAAAAAAUUCGCUUUUCCUUGAUGAGGGAGAUAUCGCGCUCCAUCGACAUUAUCGACUUUUCUUUCGGAACUUACUUUUUUUCUCGUUUUUGACGUUCUUCUAGAAUUUUCUGAUUUUGAAUUCUUUGAAACUGUUUCAGAUUUUGUGUGCUAACCUCAAAAAAAAAAUGAAUAAACUGAGAUAAAGUUCGGAAUUUGUUAGUUUUUAGUAAGAUCAUUUUCUAAUUUUGUUCUGAAUCGGCAAGUUUUGACCGCUAUUGAUUUACUAAUUGAUUUCACGUUGAAUUUGCGUUCUUUUUUUCAAUGUAGGCAAAAUAACUUAUUUCAGAACGUUUUUCAUGGGACACCGGCGUCUUACAGGGAAGUCCGACGUUGGAAUCAUGCUCAUCCGAGUCGAGGUGCUUUUUAGAAAUUAGUUCUGAAAUAUGGUUUUUUGAAAAUGUAUUGUUACAAAAAGGCUGAAUAUAAAUGCAAAGAAACGAGGAUUUUUUUCUGCUUUGCGAGAAGUUUUUUUUUAUCAAAGAAGUUAAAUGAAAAAAAAAUUUAAUUGAGUGGAAAAGAAAAGUUUAACAAGGACAUUCGAAAACAAAAUAUUUUUUUUACUUCGUUAGUGUUGUCAAAAAGUGGUUUUAUGCAAAGAACAUUUCUAGAAUUGAUUAAUUUGUUCGAAUAAUUGAAGUUUGAAUAGCGAAUCGGAUUUUAAGUUUGUUUCAGUUUCUUAAUGCAUCUUUUUCAAAACAAAAAAAAAUUGAAAAUGAAAAAAUUAAACUGAAGUGAAGAUAAGAGCCGAAAAAUUCGAAGCUAUGUGGCUUUGUACAGAUUUGAAUAUUCGAAAGUUUAUUUUUUUAUUUUUUUUAUAAGUACGCCUAUAAAAAAAUUUCAGUAUCGUUCAGAAAAAAAGUUAACGGCUUUUUUUCAAGCUUUUUAAAAAAACAUCCUAAGCCUUUGAUGGCUAAAAUAUAGAAAAAUUUGAAAAACUUUUUAACUAAUGAAAACACUAAUGUUUUUUUCCUACUAUAAAAAAAGACUCCUUCCGAUAAAAAGUUUUCGAGUUCUCAAGUUGUAAAAUACUUUUGAAAGCUAAGUCUGCUUCUGUUCCUAAAACUCUGAGGAAUGUUAUUAUUAAACUAUAGAGUGAACUGAGAAAGGUUUUAUCUGUUCAAGAGCUUUCCGAAGGGGCUAUAGUUUUUCAUGCGACAAAUUACAGUAGUAAAAACCCAGAAAUACCUUUUUGAAAGAUCGAAAUGGAAGAUGUAUCAUUUUGAGAGUGGCUCAAGGAAUUUUAGAGCCACAUAGUUAGAAUAUACAGAGCUAAAAAACCUUCCUGGACCACCCAAAAAUGGUCCGAAGAAGAAGCGGUAGCCAAUCAGAAAGCGCCAUUAAAUAGUAGGUAGGAGGGCUGUUUUCGAACACCUCACGUCAUUUGCUCUUCGGUUUUGGCGUCACCUUUUCCGCCUCGAAAAGGGAAUUUCCGACCACAUGACGUCAAGUUCAACUUUUUUGCAGAGACGCACGAAGUUAGCGACGUCGCCGCCCCGAAAGAGACGUUGCACACGAUCGCCGAGGAGGAGAAGAAAAGUUUGGACCCCAGCGACGAAGACUCGCAAGGCCAACGCAGCGACGACGAAGAAGACGCAAAGACCAACAGACGGCGGUGCGUUUUUUGAUGAAGACGAUGGUAGUUUGGUCGUGACGCCAUCCGAAUGCGCGCAUCACGUCAUCUUGAUACUGGCAGAGGGGUUAUCUUGGGAGAAAAUGGUAUCAUUUGCAGAAGAGACAUGAUUUGUGGCGGUUUUGAAUGAGUUUCAGUUCUCUUAGAAGAAGAUUUUAGUUGAAACGGAAAAAGGGUAUCAAAAAUCGAUGAGAUAUUAUACACAGGUACUUUCAGACAUGCUGAUUGAAUUUAUCAAAGAAUAAAUGGGCGAUUCUCGUCUUUCAGUGUAAUUAUCUCAAAGACGCAAAACCCCUUUUUUUCUCCAUUCGUAGAUUUUGAAUUUUGAGGUACAACAACUCGACGAGAACGCAAAAAUACUUUUAUUGUUCAUUUGGGAAUUAGCAAACGAAAGCACCUCUGUACGAUUUUUAUCGGGUUCUGAUAUGAUCCCCUGUGAGGAGAUUCAGAAGUGGAACACGUCGUAUAUUCAAAAAAGCAGUACUUCAAAAAAAAAAAAAAGUAGAGUUUCAGUACUUUGAAUGGUUUUUUGGAAGGAAAUUUAUAAAUUAUUCGAAGAAGCAGUGUUUUUCUCUGGAAAAUAACGCUUGAAAAUUUUUGAAUAACUUAGGAAGACGAUAAUUUCACUUUGCCCGUUGAUAUGUUUGAAAUUGAGGCAUAGACUCAUCAUAGUACCAGAUUAAGUUAGUUUUGGUUGAGGAUUUCUGAAUCUUUAUGUGGUUUGAUCGAAGAGUUUUUGAACCUAUUUCCACUUUUUUUAGUCAUCCCUCAAGUCAAGUAGCACAGUUUCUAUAUUUCGGGGAUGGAAUAGUUUUUAUAAAUUUAUAUCUAUUUAAAUCACGAAACUAUGAGUGAGUUAAAUCAGAAAGUUAAAGAAUACUCAUUUCAAAGUCGAAUUCGCUACAAGCUUUUUUUCUGAAUAAUUUGAAAAAUUAGAAAAAGAGAGCCAAAUAGGAAACGGUGAUGAAAAAUAGUGAGACAAGCAUGAGUAUUAAAAAAAUAAAUUGAAAAAAAUAAUCUUGAUGUUUUAAAAAAAGUUUUGUUUUUUUUAAACGAAAAAUCCAUCCUCUGUUCAAAAAAAUAUCGAAAAUGAAAGAAUUAAUUCAUCAAAAAGAUUUUUUUAUCGUUAAAAAAAUUGAUGAAGUUUUCAAAGUCGAAAUGCAAAACAGCCGUCAGAGAGUGAAAAAGGUAACUUAAUCAAAAAAAUGCACGGCGGGAAAAAUCGCACUAGAUUACGUCUUAAUAAUGAACUGAAAGAACUACCUGUGACACCUCAACGAUAAAUGAAUAAUUUUUAUUAUGCAACAGGGAUAUCAAAGUUAUAUUUUGCACUAUAGUUCAAAGUCCAAAAUGUUCUUAUUUGUUCCGAAAACUUUACGCAACACGUAAUCUUCCGGCAAAAUAUUUCGUCCUCUCCAAGGACCUGUCAAACCGAUUUGAAAGAAAAAAUACAAAGGACGAGGCACCUCUCGCCAUAAUAGUUAUAGAGGGGAAAAAAAUAAGUUGAUCAGGAUUAAAAACGAGCCAACCCCCUUCGUGACCGUCUCCGACUUAAAGACUCCCCGCUCCUCGAGUUUUCUGAUAUUUUUGCAGUUUUGUGUUGUUCUCUAGAAGAAAUUUUAGUCGUAUUUCCAACUUAGUUUCUAAAUAUUACAAGAAAAUAGGCUCAAAAAUCGCAACUUCUUACUAGGAAUAAUUUUCAGUGGUAACUACUGAAAUAUUUUUUCUUUCUCUUCUUCCAAGUUUUUGUGUACUAGGGCCAAUAAAUGAAGUUUUGUUGUUUUUUCUGUUUAGUUUGAGCCGUUAGAUAAAUAUAAUGAACCAACGGAGACGGGCAGAAGAAAAUUUUUCCUGCAACAGUUGUAGUGAACUUAAAAAUUUCAGUAUCUUCUGUGAACUCAUUUCACGGCUUCCUAAAUGGGACUUUCCGAACUUCCUCCUUUAUGCUAGAGUUUUUAAGAUUUCCAUUCAAAGUUAUGAAAACCUUCGAAAGAACUUGUCGGGCACAUCCAAGGUGUUCAGAAGGAGCGUGAGCGAGUGCACGUCUCCAGAAGUCGUCGAACUUCCGCGAAGAGCCGUCUCCACGAUGACUGUCGACGCCGUCGAGCCGCCCAAUUUCGCCAGACAGAAUAGCGACCAAGCCAGAGUCACCCCCAAUUUGUUCGAAAAGUACAAAUUCCCUGCAAAAUAUGUUUUUCGAAUUAUAAAAUCUAUUAGGAACGGCGUGCCCCGACGAGAAUCGCAGGACUACGUUGACUCGUACUACGAGAAGAAUCAGUAUACGGUCACAGGUGAAUUUUGAUUAAAGAAAAUCACCGUCAUUUAAUUUUAAAGAUGGCACGAAUUUUGUGCUCACAAGGAAGGUCAAUCUACUUUGUGAUUUAGUAUCUUCUGAAAAGUCGUUUAUAUCUAGAAUUCAUUCUAAAAAAACAUGGUACCCAUGGGAACUUUUUAGUUUCAAAAAAAUAUAAUUUUCAAGUCUGAAUUUAACACAAAAUCAGGCCUAAAAUCAAUGAAUGGCCACUUUCAAAAAAUGAUAUUUAAAAAAAUCUGAACAUCUGCGCAGAUAUUUAUUCUUAGGAAUCCUAUUCUAAAACUUUGAAGUUUUUUUAUUCUGUUCAAAAAAAAAAAAUUCCAAAUCGCAAAGUAAAAUGAUUUGUUCGUCAGAAGAUUUCAUUUUUCGACCUCUGAUUGAACUUUAAUAAUUUGUUCGGUAAAACCUAAUACCUCUGGACAACACGAAAUUAAGCUGCGCUUCAUGUUGAUUUUACAGCUAUAAAUAAAAGAAGAGGCUUGGAAAUAACACUUAUCAAGAGUGCAAUUUCCUUCUUUUGCUUCCAAAAAAUUAUUGAAACAUGGUUUUUGGAAGAUUAAGGCGCCCAGAUGACUGCUUUGAUUAUUUGAUUCGAACCAUUCCAAAUGCGAUCGCGAUGUCGAAAUUUUUAUAAAUAGUGGAUAAGUUUAGAGACUUUGUGUAGCUUUUAGAAAAUUAUCAUUUUAUUUGAUCUAAUGAGUGCCAAAAAAAAAUUUAACUACUUCGAAAAUUAACAGAUUUUCUCUCCCUCGAAAGAGGCAAAUAUGGAGGUUCUUUUUGAAUUUUCCCACGAUAAUUUCGAAAAUGAAAUUUUUUUACUUGGGCGAUCCUUUUUAGGAAAGCAUGACACCUACAACAAGCUGCCUCUUCACCUCCAACGGAGAAUGGAAAAGUUCAGAGAACAGGACAACCAGAGCCACGUCAGCCGAAACAGUACCCCCGGAGCUUUCGGAGAACCUGUCGUACCCACCGUAAGACGUUGGUGGCUUUUCUCGCUUGAGGACCCGAAUCUAGAAGAAAUUCAGGCUUUGACACAUCCUUCUAUUGGCUGGUCUUCAAUAGAAAACGCCUCGGAUUCCGUCACAUUUUCCUGCUUCUUAUCGUUCUGCUCUACACGUUUUUUGGCGCUACUGUAUUCUAUUUUGUCGAGGGAACCAAUGAGAAGGCUGUACGGUUUUGGGAACAUUUGAAAAAACUGAAAAAAAAAUGAAGGAAAUUUCUAGUCUGGGAGCAUUUGAAAAGCCUGUCAAAGUAUAUACUAAAUUAUUUUUUUUUGGGUUUUUGAUUGGUCAUUAUACGUGUUCAUUUCAUAAGAACUCAUAGGGACGAAAAAUAUCUCAAAAACCCUAAAGUUUUCACUAGCAAUUUUCUCUGCGUUCAAGCGAAAUUCGGAUCAGUAUUAUGCAUUGAAGCGUGUUACUACCACAUUUUCAAUCAUAACUUUUUAAUUUCACUCGGAAGAAAAUGUUCCAAAUUCCUGUCUACUUUCUUGAACCUUCUAAAGAACUAUUACACAUUUAUUCAAUCCUUGGUUUCUGAAUUUAGACGUAUUUAUGCAUUUCAGAUGAUUCAAGAGCACCAGGAAAAGCUGAAAGUGCUAAUUUUGAAGAUAGCCGAGGAAAUGGCCGAUGCCGUUAACGACCCCAUGACUAAUGUUACAUUGCAACAGAUGGAGGAUUACCUUAGGGUUUAGUAUUUCAUUAUUAUUUCUGAUAAGUUAAAAAGAAGCUUCAGGAUGCCUACAUCCAACUUCAAAAGGAGGAGAAUCAGUACAAGUGGAGCACUUAUUACAAGUUAGAAGACGUGGAUCAUCAUCUGAAAUGGACCUAUGCCAGCGCCUUCUUCUUCUGCAUGAACGUCUACACGACGACUGGAUAUGGUAAGCAUAGCUUUCAAGAGGCUCGGGGUACGGUUAUGGUUACUGUAAGGUCUUCAAGUGGAAAAAUUGAGUUUUGGGACGUUUACCUUUCCAAACAAAUGGUAGACUUACCUGGCGGCUGAGAGCUUUUAAGCGAAGAGUGCUCUUAGCGUCUCUUCAGGGGUCUCUUGAGAGGACAUAAUCACUCAUUGUUUGAAAUAUUUUGGAAACACUCUUAAAGGCAGAAAUACCGGAGAUUGGGGGAUUUCAGGACGAAAUUUAUCAGCUCCACGAGAAAGUUGAUUUUUUUUAACGGUUAAAUCAGGUUUUUUUGGAAAGGUCACCGUAUCAUUGGGACAAUUUUGAGUUGACGGAUUUAUUCCUAAAAGAAAUUGAUUGAAAUUUGGGCUUUUUUAAUUAUUCAAGAUUGAAAGUGGACUAUCAGGUGCCAUUUCGGCGGAAACGGCUCUCGGCCAGGCAUUCACCAUCUUCUACGGCUUUCUAUUCGUGCCGAUAACCUUGAUUGUCCUUCGUGAUCUCGGUCAACUCUGCCUGGUUCACAUCACGAGGAUCUAUGCUCACGCCUUGACUUAUUGGAGGUUCAGACGAAACUUCUUGAGAACAAUCUCAAAGGCUAAACUUCAGGAAACUCAACGGCGAGAAGGAAAUCGACGACGAUGAGAUGAUCUCCUUGCCCAUCAAGUUUUGCUUGGCACUUUUGCUAGGUGAGGAUUCUUUAACAGAAAAGUCUGCUCUAGUUGAAAAGUCACGAUUUCAGGAAAAAUGGUUUAGAGGAAAGUUUCUCAAAAAAAAAGGUUAAGUUUUUUCAAGCGCGCUUGGAGUUUUCGGCAUAGGAAAAUUGAAAAGUCUAAGAGUUUUCUUUUUUCGGAUAGGUAUCAAAAUUGACUCAUCCGACUGGAAACGACUUGCGCGCUUUUGGGCUCUUAUUUGAUGAAAAGGUAUAAAAUAACUCAAAAGCUGCAGUGUUUCCAAAUGAAAUUUUCUUUAAAUUCUCUUUUCUUUUGCCGUAAAUAAGAAAAUAGAGUUUUAAGGAUAUCUCCUGUUUUGCACCACCUUCGUUUACGUCUACGAUGGCAUCUCCGGCCAUGAGACCAACGAAGGAAUUUCUUAUUUUCUCGCAUUUUAUUUCUCGUUCAUCUCACUUUCAACCAUCGGACUUGGGGAUGUGAUGCCGAAUAAUGUGCCGGUUUGACUCAAAAUUCGAAUUUCCACAACAAAAAAGGAUGUUUCUCCAGUAUGCCCCAGUGAUCUCCAUCAUGUUCUUCCUUGGGAUGGCGAUUACCAAGGUCGUCAAUCGCAACACUUAUAUCACUCUGGAGAACGGAAUUGUUGGUGAGGAUUCACACUAGAAAAAUGAUUGGGAAAAAUGACUUUCAAGGAUUUUUGACAUUGAUGGAAGCGAAAUUGGACAGUUUAGCGGCACGAAAGACUGCCCCGAAGGACGUCGAGGUAAAAAAAAUCUUUUGAAUUUCGAAUGAUCGAAAAAUUAACGGGAUUUUGCUACUGAAUUUCUGGUUGAAAUGUCAGAAAUGACGUCACGACGUUCUUUGAAGAUUCCAAUGUUAUGGAAAAACUGAAACUUUUUUGAAAAAUAAUAGGAGAGUAUUUGAAACGAUGUAAAGAAAAUAUUCAACUCUAAGCGUUAUACGUAUUCCAGUACUGUAACUUUGGCCAGUUUCAAGAAAAAAAACUCCCUGAAGUUUUGACCUAAAAUGAAGUCAGAAUGAGUAUCAACCGACUUAAAUUGGUUUACGCCUUCUACUAUUUCUGAAAGAGCUGUUAACUAUGGAACUUAUAGGUGUAAACGAGAUUUAAACAAGGAACAGCAGACAGAAAUCAGUUUUCGCUUUUCCAAAAUCUAUUGAUCGAAUUUUCAGACCCCAAAGACGCGACCACCAGUCAGCAACGUACCAAGCACCGAUGGUGCUCCGGAUCAAGUAGUUUUGCUUCUUUCUGCGUGAUAAUCCAUAAAAUCAAUAUUCUCAGGACCCAGCCAACGAGUUCCUCAACAACUUCACGGUCCGCUCUCUGGCCACUUUCAUGAAGUCGAAUCACGACAUCUACGGAGGAGGAUUCGGUCGGGUGCACCUCCGACGCGGCGACCUUCUGCAGCAGGGCGGCAGCACGGACACACCGGUGCCGACGACGGCCGCAAGUGCCCCGCAAGGACAUCGACAACGCGCCGCCUCCGUAUCGGUUACGCAGCGUUCCGGUCAUCCGCUUCAUCAUCGGGAAUCCGUCAACUUUUGA